UUCCCCCCCUCGUUCCUUCACCGAAUUGAACUCGACGCGAGAAGCACAACACAUGGUAAAAAGGAGCGCUGGAAUUUAUUCGUGUUGUUUUAGAAAAAAGUACUUCGUUCAAAGCUAAGUAGAAAGGUCGUUAUAUUUGCUGUAACAAUCAGGAGAACAGUCGAGUGGAAAAAGUCAUUGGAUUCUACGUUUAUUGAGACAUUUGCUGAUAAGGGCAGGAGUUGCCAUGCCAUUUGGCUGUUUGACGCUCGGGGAAAAGAAGGAUUACAACAAUCCCUCAGAGGUGACCGAUAAAUAUGACCUGGGACAGAUUGUUAAAUCAGUGGAGUUCUGUGAGAUCUUCAGGGCUAAGGACAAAAAUACACUGAAAAUGUUUACUUGUAAAAAGUUCCUGAAAAAGGAUGGAAAGAAAGUUCGGAAGGCUGCAAAAAACGAGAUCCUCAUUUUAAAGAUGGUGAAGCACCCCAAUAUUCUUCAGCUGGUGGAUUUCUAUGAGACCAGAAAAGAGUACUUCCUCUUCCUUGAACUUGCUACAGGCAGAGAGGUAUUUGAUUGGAUCCUGGACCAGGGCUACUAUUCAGAGCGUGACACAAGUAAUGUGGUCCGUCAGGUGUUGGAGGCUGUGGCCUAUCUUCACUCCCUGCACAUUGUCCACAGGAACCUCAAGCUGGAGAACUUGGUAUACUUUAACCGCCUGAAGCACUCCAAAAUAGUGAUCAGUGACUUCCACCUGGCAAAGCUGGAGACCGGGCUCAUCAAAGACCCCUGUGGAACCCCAGAGUACCUUGCACCAGAGGUGGUUGGGAGACAGAGAUACGGCAGGCCAGUGGACUGCUGGGCCCUGGGUGUCAUCAUGUACAUACUGCUUUCAGGCAACCCUCCUUUCUAUGAGGAAACUGAUGAUGAUGAUUAUGAAAACCACGACAAGAACCUGUUCAGGAAGAUUUUGGCAGGGGACUAUGAGUUUGACUCUCCAUACUGGGACGACAUCUCAGAGUCAGCAAAAGGCCUGGUAGCCCGUUUGAUGGAGGUAGACCAGGAUCAGAGGCUGACUGCUCAGGAGGCCAUCAACCAUGAGUGGAUUUCUGGAAAUGCAGCCUCAAAUAAGAAUAUUAAGGAUAAUGUCUGUGCACAGAUAGAGAAGAACUUUGCCAAAGCUAAGUGGAAGAAAGCGGUGCGGGUCACUACCAUCAUGAAGCGACUGAGAGCUCCAGAGCAGAGUGCUGACUCGGGGGCAACCAUCCCAGCAGUAGCAACCAGCCCUGCAGCAGGAGAACCAGCCCCAGCUCCAGCAGACCCCCAGGCUCCCAGUGACCCCUCAGCAGCCACCGCUGCUGCAGCCCCAGAGGGGGAGCCUGCUGCCGUCACAGAGCCCCCUGCUGGCAUGGAGGCCGUGACAUGUGAUGCCACUCCCCAGGCUGCAGCAGAGGUUACAGCUCUACCCCCGCCCCCUGAGGAGGCCAGCCCAGUGGAGGCCCCAGUGGAAGCCCCGGCCCCGGAGCAGGUUGAUCUGUUGUCACGGUGUAACGGAGAGGCCCCGACUCCCCUCCAACCAGCAGCUGAAGCUGGGGAUGAGCAGGGUUAGCCAGCUCCCUUCUAUGACCUCCUUCACUCCCAGCAAUCGUCUUUCCUGCACACUGUACAUUAGCUACUAGCAUGGUGACACUGACUUAUCUCUCUCACUUGCAGUAUGAGUAACAUCUCACAGAGCCUUUGUGCUGUCUUUCCUGAGUGUUGAAUUGAUCUGGCGACAUGUGUUCUGUAUUUUUGAAACAGCCCUCUGGCCUUACAGGGGCUUUUUGUGUCUAAUGCAGCCCAGCUUUUGCCAUAUUAUGUUAGGUAAUAAGGUCAUGAACAGCUUGGCUUUGCUCUUGUAGUGUUGAUUUUACAUAAUGAUCUGUAGCAUUCCCCCUUUACAUCCCUCUCUACACAUGGAAAAUAUCCUGUUUGAUCUCUUUUUGGGGGGUGAACAUUGCUCUCUUUCUUGUUUGUUGUAUACACUCAUCAGUCGUUUUGUCUGUGCUGCAGCAAGUAUGCUUACUGGGGGAUGCAGCAGGCCCAGUGUUAGUGAAAGGCAGCAUCCACAACAUGCUCCCUCCCUCGCCAGCUUUCUGCUUAGGAAAGCACCACAUGGCUGUCAGUGUAAAGAUUCUGUAUAUAGAGACCUUUUGUAGAAGUAGUCAAAACGGCAUGCAUUCUUAACUUUUUCUGUUAAUUUCACAUUUGUAAGCAGUUGGUGGAAAGAACGUGCUAAUCCUGCUACUGGCCUUUAAACUGGAAACAUUAAGGUAUUUCUGUUCAUUAGGCUCCAAGUAGAGGGCACUGUUGAUGCUCAUGUUUUGUUCAAAUGGACUACAUCAUUUCAUAAAUUCAUAUAUUGUACAGGACCAGUCAAAAGUUAGGACACUGAUUCAUUCUAGGGAUUUUCUACAUUG